AUCCAGCUGAUUCCAGGGUCACUGCUAUCUACUGAACGUUCAAACAACGCGUUCAUCAUGUAACCGGCGCAAUGCAGCAUCUUAAAAGAAUAUUGGACGUGUAUAUUGUUUUACAGUCCGCGUUUGUGCUGUCGUGCUGUUUCACCGAGUCGGAGCCCGGGCCUGGUGCGGUGAAUGGAGACCGCCUCAAGAUCGAGGGCCGUGUGGUUGUCUCGGGUGUGAAAGCGCAGGACUGGGUCUCUUCAGCCCGGGUCCUGGUAGAGGGAGGCGAGUAUAUCGGAUUUCUCAGGACCAAUGAGAGUUUCGCUGUGCAUGAUGUUCCAUCUGGAUCGUACGUAGUUGAAAUCAUAUCUCCAUCUUACAAACUCAAGCCAGCCCGAGUGGACAUCACCUCUAAAGGGAAAAUGAGAGCCCGCUUGGUGAACUACAUCAAGACCUCGGUGGUCUCGAAGGUAAUCCGACAGCCGUACCCCCUCCACAUGAGAGCCAGUGGACCUCAUUCGUACUUCAUGAAGCGAGAGACAUGGGAGUGGACUGAUCUCCUCAUGAAUCCGAUGGUCAUGAUGAUGGUCCUUCCUUUACUAAUCAUCGUUCUGGAACGAGAAAUCUUGCAAGGCCAAGAACCACUGGGUUACCCUGGUGUUGGUGUCCUUGGCCUUGGACAUCCACUGGAGUGGGACGUGGUCAGUCACUAGGACGAAGUGCCGG